AUGGAACCAAAGAGACCCAGACGAGUUCGUGUUGUCCACGUAAAUGUCCUCAAAAGUCCUCUCCGUUCUACUCGAUCUCCAACUAACGCCUUUCGAGGUUUUGCUCGUAACGUAAGUUUGUGUCUUUGCUCCAUGCGAAAUGAAAUUGUAUAGAAACACGCUCAAGUUUUUGUCAUCGCUUCUCUGGGAUCAGGCCAAGUUCAAGUAAAUGGAAAGGAAGUGGGUGGACCAGAAGAUGAAGGUCAUGACAGAUAUGUGGGUCUCCUCGCGCAGGAACACAUGAAGAAGUACGACUGGAAGAUUAGAACUUAUGCAAAAAAUCCAAUCGCCGAGAUUUGUGGUAUGUUUUAACUUUUUAUUAGCUUAUAUUAUCCAUGUUGUUUUAGCCCUGAGACAAGCAAUUGGACGAUGUCUGUUGUCCAUGGUUCCACAAAGUCCACCUAAAACUCCAAGAUGGGGUGGGAAACGAGCUAGUCCAGUGAAAAGACGUUUUCCUUCGAUGAGAUAUACUCCUAGAAAUAACUGGUCUUCCGGAUACCCGAAAGAAAGAACCGAUAUCGAUUUCCACUUAAACUUUGAUGAGUCCCCUGAUGAUACUCAGGUGGAGAAGAUUGACGAGCUUUCAGAUAGAAUGAAUGCCAUUCAUCUGUGGUACAAGACACAAUUAUUACAGGAACAACUUCAGAGUGGAGCCAAGCGUUGCUCCAAGAACAUGGUGAAGACCAACGUUAAUGGACGUAUGAAGGACCAGAACGGAAACUUGAUUGACUAA